GACUCUCUCUCUCUCUCUCUCUCUCAUCAGCCUUCUUUGUCACGGAUACAAAGCUUUAAGGACCAUUCAUAAAGCGCUCCCCACUCGGCUGUUUUCUCUCCACAACACUUGCUCUCCUCUGUGCUCUAACUUUUUAGUUUCUUCUUGUUCUUUUUGUUUUGGUCAAAUUCUUGUUCUUGAUCUUCCUCUCCGGCAUGUCCGGCGGCAAGAACAAUGACCCUUUUAACUACAAUCCUUUCUACAUCCCCGACAACAUUGGAGGAGUCAGCCACCCGGAGUUUCGAUUCUUCGAUGACGAUAUCACUAAUCUCUCCAUGUUCACUCAUCAUCAACAAGCUCCACACAACCCCGGGCAGUACAUGAGCUUCACCGGCUGCUUACGCGGUUCGGCUGAUUACAACACCUUGUCAAGAGCCUUCGAUGUGUCUUGCUCAUCGUCCGAGGUGAUCACGCCAAACCUAGAAGAGGGCGGUUCUUCAAAAAAGUGUGCGGUCACUGAGUCGUCAGCUGCGGCGAGCGAAAACGGCCCGCUGUCUCCAUAUUCUUCAGUGUCUUCGUCUUCUAAAGAAGCCGCGGUCGAAGAAGAUGGAGAUAACAGCAAGAAAGAUGAGGAUGAUCACAAGACCGAGUGUAAUGAAGAUGAUGACAAGUCCAAAAAGGGGAAUAAGCUGAAAAAGAAAGAGAAACGCCCGAGGGAACCGCGGUUUGCCUUUUUAACGAAGAGCGAGAUCGAUCAUCUCGAAGAUGGAUACAGAUGGAGAAAAUAUGGACAAAAGGCGGUCAAGAAUAGCCCUUAUCCGAGGAGUUACUAUAGAUGCACCACUCAGAAAUGCACCGUCAAGAAGCGAGUCGAGAGAUCGUUCCAGGACCCAUCAAUUGUGAUCACGACAUAUGAGGGCCAACACAACCACGAGUGCCCGGCGAACCUCCGAGGCAAUGCGGCCGCCGCCAUUUUAUCGCCUUCAUUUUUUGCGUCGCCAUCAGCAAUGGGACCGAGCUUUCCUCACAAUUUGUUCCUGCCUCAGUUGCUUCAGAUGAGGAAUCCGAAUCGAGCUGACUCUAGCAAUCCCAUGAUGUUCUAUCCGCAAACCCUAGCUCCUCAGCAGCAACAAUUCCAGCUUCCUGAUCAGGGUUUGCUUCAUGACAUGGUCAAUUCGUUCGUCCAGAAAAAGGAGCCGUGACUGGUUAACCCACUUUUAUUGCUGUAAGUCGAUAUGGUAUCCGAACCGUAGAUAGGUCAUGGCCUAUUAUAUUUGUGAAAUUCUUGUCAAGACCUGGUAGACAUGGACACAUAGCAUGAUUCGGUUAUCGAUUGUGGAAGAUCCUGAGUGCCUCUUGGCAUGCUUUAGUGGCCGAUGUGGCUCAGUCCAUCAAUUCUGAUAUUACCUGCAUUGCUAAGGGAAACAGAAUUUUCAGUUUCUCGAGUGAAGCGCGGGAACGACCCGUGCUAUAGGAUUGAGAUGACCGUAAGGAACUUGGAGACAAAAUGAGAAGGCUAGAGUUACAGUUGCACAACUGAACUUAACCCUUUGAUUGUUUGAUACACAGCUUCCUCUUCACAACUCUUUUUUCCCCAGGUAAAUAAAAGUAUGUUGCUGUAAAGAUCAUCAGAUAUAUGCCCAAGAUUAUUCUUUUGCGAUA